AUGAGACACCUUCAGUCCCUUCUUCUCCUGUCCAAUUGGGCAUUGGCAUCUUCAGUCUCUAUUAAAGUCCCAUUGAAUGCCUCCCGCAGAAUCCUCCGACCAGACCUCUAUGGCUACUCAAUUGAACCCGUCUCCCUAGACCCCUAUCUGAAAAGCACCCUUGCCUCGACCGUGCUCGGCCACAUUGCCGAGAUAGCCGGCGUACCGGCCCCCAUUCGCGUAGGAGGGAACAUCGCCGACCAGACCGUCUUCGACAAGACCCUCCCGGUCCCCUCGCAAGCCCUCCCGAACGACACAGUCGUCGAAGUCCUCAAAGUUCAAGAGUCCUGGUACAACGGGUGGACUGACUACUUCCCCACCGGAACCGACUUCAUCUACACGCUGAACCUGCGCAAUGAAUCCUCCUCCUGGACUAACGCCAUGCAGCAAGCGGAAGCCGCGAUCCGCCAUCUCGGACCGCAACUCUCGCUCCUAGAACUCGGCAACGAAAUAGACCACUACAUCAGCAAAGGCUGGCGCACUCAGGCGUGGAACACAAGCACGUACACCGCGCAAUGGAAGCGCCUAACCCACCAACUGACCACGGCCCCAUUCUACCGCAACACCACCCACAAACCCCGCUUCCAAGCCGCCGUCUUCGCCGACCCCCCCUGGGUCCCCGACCAACACGACGAGAUCGACGACUUCGACAUCGCUAACGUCACCCGCGCGGGCCUGAUCAACCCCCAUCUAAUCGAAUCCUACGCCAUGCACCUCUACCCACAAUCAACCUGCGACGCGCCCCGAGAAGCCCGCCUAUCCCUAAACCUUCUCUCGAACCACAAUGUCAUCUGGACAAACAUCUCGCAAUACAUCCCACAAGUCGCAGCCGCAGAACGCGCACACGCACGUCUCACUCUCGGCGAAACAAACUCCGCCUCAUGUAGCGGCCGCAGCGGAAUCAGCGAUACGUUCGGCGCGGCGCUCUGGGCGACAGAUUACGUUCUCGCGGCGGCGAGCAUCGGUAUGGAUCAGGUGUAUUUUCAUCUCGGUCAUACAAGCGAGUAUUCGGCUUUUACGCCGCUGGCUUAUGAUUAUAAGGGAGAAAGCUUGGUAGCGGGCGUGAGAGCGCAUUUUAUGUCGCAUGUGUUUUUGGCGCAUGUGGUUGGUGACGGACAGUCGAAUCAGCAGGACAAGCAGAGUAGAAAGGAGAAGAAAGAAGGACAGGGCAAGACGAUAUCCGCACUGCCCGGCGCAGCUAAUUCCUCUGAUUUAGCCGGGUACGCGGUAUAUGGGGGCCGUGCUGAUCUGGAGAAACUUGUCUUUGUGGAUUUGGGGGUAUGGAAUUCGUCCGAGGGGGUGACGAAUCCGUCGACGUUGAGGGCGACAGAUUCGAAUUCUACGUCGGUGGGAGAGAGACCGACGAGGACGGUCGAGGUGAAGACGGGAUGGACUUCCGGUGCGAAGGUCGAUGUGCUGCGGCUGCAGGGGCCGGGGACGAAUGCGAAGAGUGGUGUGACUGUGUCUGGUUUGGAGGUGGAUGUUCUGACGGGAGCGCUGGUGGGCGAGAAGAGGGAAGAGCAGCUGGUUGUCGGGCGUGGUGGCGUGAUGGAGUUUGAGCUACAGCAGGCAGAGGCGAUUUUGCUGGAAAUCUUGAAGGGAGGGGGAUAG